UGCCUCAGAAUACAUGCUCAGUAUCUACGGAGCUGCUUCCGAUAAGCCAUGGGCCAGGUCCAGAAUAAAAAGCCAGAUGCCAAGAAGGGUGACAAGCACAACCAGGAAACUGAAGGAUUAAAAAAAAUAGACACAUUUCUGAGAACAAUUCCAACUGUCACGAAGAAGUUUAAAGGUCGCCCCCAAAAGAAAAAGUCUCCUACAAGUGCCGAACUGUUAUUAGAUCCAAAAUACAGUGCUUCCAAGGAGGGGCCAUUCGGUUUGGGCCCUCUAGUUUUCCCUUGUUUACAGCGUUUCAACAACAUUGAUUGCUUUAUGAUUUUUUUCAUUGCAUCGGUCUUAAUUCAUGGUGCUUUAUUUGCUUUGGCUGAUAUGAUUUUAAACUUAUAUCACAGUCUACUUACUCUGUCAAAGAGGGAGUUGUAUUUCAUGGAUUUCAGUGGUUAUAUUGUAUCUUCCUUGGUAGCAAUAUUUGUAGCACACUUUGGAGGUAAAGGGAACAGGACAAAAUGGAUUGCAGCUGCCUGCAUUUUAAUGGCAUUUGGAUCAAUUUUACUUGGUUUUCCUUUCUCUAAAUAUGAAAUUAUGAAGUCAGGGGGACAAAGAGUAGAGUUGUGUGUAGAAGAAAAUAAAAGGAGAAAUAUACAUUGUGUUACAAACAGUAAUCCGGACAGAACAGAAUGUAUCUCUUUCUUCAUCAUUGGGCAGUGUCUGAAUGGAAUUGCAGGGGUGCCAAUUUAUAUCCUUGGCAAGACCUUCAUUUUUGACCAUGUUCCCACAAGAUCAGCCGGCUUCUAUCUGGGUCUUGGACACUCUGCACAUCUGAUGGGAUACUUUCUGGGUAUUUUUGGAGGAAUGCAGAAUUUAAGUCCACCACCCAAAGAAAAAUUAAGUGCAGUUGACUCUGCUAAGAUACAUCUACUGUUGCAGUUUGGGUGGUGGAAAACUUUUUUGUUCGUUGCUGCAAUCUCGUUUUCUGUAUUUUUCGUAUUGUUAUGCUUUCCAACGAGUUUACCCGGUGCACACAAGUUAAAACUUGCGAAAAGAAAGGAACCUCCUUCCUUUGACAAGAGACUGAAAGAUCAGAAAAUUCAACCUCGUUUCAAGGGUUUUGUUUUUGCCAUUUGGUACAUGUUGAGGAACCCGCUGCUGAUGACCCAGGCGAUGUGCAAAGUUUCAGAGAGUUUUACUUUCCAUACAUCUUUAGAGUUUUUGCCUUACCACUUACAAACUCAGUUUUCAAUAACUCCCCAGAUUGCUUCUAUGCUCACAGGACUAUUUGUAAUUCCAGGAGGUGUAAUUGGCCAUUUUCUUGGAGGUUUAAUUGUUGACAGAUUGGAAAUGACUAAUAAGAACAAGUUGAAAUUUUCAUUAGUGACAUCUGUUGUAUCAGUUGCACUUUUCCUAUUAAUCUUUUUUGUAGAGUGUGAAACAACAAAAUUUGCUGGAAUCAAUGAAGACUAUGAUGGCUUAGGCAAACUUGGAAACCUUACAGCUGCAUGCAAUUAUCACUGCGGUUGCACAACUUCUCUCUAUAGUUCUGUGUGUGGAAGAGAUGAAAAAGAGUAUUUCUCUCCCUGCUUUGCAGGAUGCUCUGCUACGAAAGUACAACAGAAUGAAAAGACAUACUACAAUUGUUCUUGCAUUAAAGAAGGAUUGACCACUUCAGAUGCCGAUGGUCACUUUAUUGAUGCUACUGAUGGAACAUGUAAUAGCAACUGUCUUACUUUACCUUUGUUUUUUGCCUUUUACUUUUCUGCAACUGUGUUUUCUACUAUGUGUAGUACACCCAUCAUCCUGAUUAUCCUUCAAAGUGUACCUGCCAAUUUCAGUUCACUUGGCCUGGGCCUGACAGUUGCAAUUACGAAAUUUACUGCAUCCGUCCCUGAACCAGCAUUGUUUGGAACUGCAUCAUCAGUAGCUUGUAAAUUCUGGGACAUCAAUGCAUGUGGAAUCAGAGAAAAGUGUUGGAUCUAUAAUAAGACAAAACUAGUCCAUGUAUUUAUUGGAAUUUGGGUUUCUUUUAAAUUAUUUACAAUUUUGUUUAACAUUUAUGCAAUUCAUAUAUAUGAUUAUGUGGUAAAGGGAAAAAUCAGUGACAGCAAAGCCACACAUGUAAAAGCUGCAAAGGCACAAAAAGAAAGAAGAGCUUAAUUAAUAAACGUUUUCUUCAUUGGGACUGGAGAAUCUGUGAGGUUCCAUGUUCUAAGGACAGCAGUCUAUCCUUC